AUGGCGGCUACCACAACCAUCAAAGUCCCUCACUUGGGCGGCAUCAACGCUGGAUACAGACUUUCCAAUGGUGGAAAGCUCGACCCCUCAAAACCGACAGUAGUGCUCAUCAAUUCCAUGUGCACAACCUCAUCACUCUACAAUGGCCAGUUCGAGAACCAGACCUUGACCGAUGCCGCCAACCUCCUUGCCAUCGAGCCACUUGGACAUGGAGCAACCAGCUCUGUUUCCGAGCAAUUUACAUACUGGGACACAGCCAUCAUGGCGCUACAGGUCAUGGACGCCCUCCAAGUCAAGAAGGCAUUCGCUCUCGGGACUAGCCAAGGAGGAUGGAUGGUGGUUCGCAUGGCCCUGCUGGCUCCCGACAGGAUCUUGGGGCUCCUGCCUCUCGGUACUUCCAUGGACGCGGAGACGAGUGCAUCUCGGGAGAAAGGCUGCUGGGAUCCCCAGACUCAGCUGGCGCCUUUCUAUGACAGUUGGUGCAGCAACACGGAAACUCCCGAUUUUGUAGUCGACGAAGUCUGGCGUGGCAUGGUCGGCAAGCUGGGCUUUACGGCAGCUGUUCCUCAGGCGACCCUUGCGUUCUGGGACGAGACUGUCAAGACCGUCUACUCUGGGGAUCAAGGUCGCCGGAAGCUGCGAAUGGCUCUGGCAUGUCUGAUGGAGAGAGACGGCCUUCUCUUCCGGCUGCGAGAUGUCAGGUGCCCAGUGUACUGGCUCCAGGGUUCCGCAGAUCCAGUGUUUGGCGCAGUCGUGCCCACGGAGCAUAUCAAGCUUUUCACAAACUCUCCCGAGGCAACAUUGACUUUUGUGGAUGGGGGAGGUCAUUACUUGAAUGCCACUAAUCCAAAGGAGGUCGACGAAGCACUGCUGAGCAUGAUCAAGAAGUAUGCUUGA